AUGGAUCAUAUGGAGCAGGAGGGAGAUAUGUGGGCGCCGCUUGCCGUAGCGUUACUUUUGUCGCAGACGGUUUUUGCGAGUUUCGAGGACGAGAAUCUGUCCAAUUCCGAAGACGCCGGAGAUGCCGGGAAGGACACCAAAAUGUCCGAAUUCCAGGACCCUAUCAAGAUUCAGAACGCGUCUCCUACGCCGGACCCUGAAAGAGACGAAGCGACGUUCAAACUGGAAACAGAUCCACUGCUAAAAUUAUUCUUGACAAGGAUAUUGGAAGAAGCAGGGCGGAAAGGCAUCGACGAGACGGAAAACAGGAGAAAAAGAUCAACGGACGAGGUCUUGGCGGAGGACACUGCGAAAAGGCGAGAUGGCACGACACUCUCUGCAUGGUUGUAUUGGCCUAUUAGACAGAAGCAGGUUUUUCCUGCCGACCACCGAGAUACUGCUCAAGAGAAGAAGAGUCCAGCCUUCAACCCCUGGGGUGGAAAGCGCUUUUCGUACGACCUGUUCCCCAACAUUCGUCGGCCAAUGCGAGUUCCCUUCAAUAGCUGGGGUGGAAAACGAGAUGGAAAAAAUAUUCGCCGACUUGCCGAAGACAAGAGAACCAAAUUUUUCAACUGGGGUGGAAAAAGAACAUCCUUCAACAGUUGGGGAGGAAAACGAGACUGGGAGAUCGCAAACCCUUGCCGAACGAUCGCCGAAGAUCCUGAACGGAACAGUAAAAAUGCAUUGAUAUAUGAUAAAAGAUCCGAGGAUAAAUUAAAGGAUCCAGAAGAAGUGGAAGAAAAAACAUCUACUCAGAAUGACGAAAAACGAGUGAGGUUUAACAGCUGGGGAGGAAAGCGGUUCAUACAUCCAUCGCUGCCCAAAGAAAUUUCUGAAAUGCACAACUAUGCAGAUGAAUUUAGCGACGAGUGGCUGAUUGCCCCCAACAAGAGAGAUGGCAAUAAUGCACGCAGUAGAAUAAUCUUUGUACCUUGGGGUGGGAAGAGAAACACGAACGAAGACAUUCUGAAUCCAAAUCCUCAUCUGACUCAUCAGUCGGUCAACAUAAGAAAAGUAUUCUUCCCUUGGGGUGGGUAAUUGUAAUAAAUCUCUGUGACUGAUCGCAUCGAUAUUGAAUAACGAUGUUGCUGGCCAAAUAAGUAUUUAUUUUCUCUAUCAUCCGACUCAACCUUGAAGUUCCUUGGAGUAAAUUCUGUGGUGAGACGUUGCGAGUAAACUGAUAUACAUAGGUGACUACCGUGCUAGUAUUUUAUUGAAAAAUGAUUGACUCGCUGGCAAAGCUCGAUCAUGUGUUUGGCUGUGGCAUUAUAGAUAGUAUUCUAAUUUCGCCGAUCGAAAUAUUGCUAGCUGCUCUGCGUUGUCGUAAAGCAAAGAGACAGUUGAAAUUAAUGGGUAGCAAUUGCUUCCUUCUAAAUAUGAAAGUAUAAUUAUAAGUGUUUAUGUAAGUUGUUAAUGAUAUAAGGAAAUAAAUUAAAUGUGUUAGACGUUCUUAUAUUCUUUUAUAAUUUGAGAAUCGUAUUAAGUAUAUUUAAUGGUAAGAUGAACUUCCUUGUAACUUAUCACUUAUCCUAGACAGACAAUGCUUAAAUUUCUCGAUAUCAUUGCCUUGAAAUAAUGUACUUUUAAUUAAAGUAGUAAUAUGCAGCAUGAAAAUAAAUUUCUUUUGCAUCGUUUCAUAAUUAUACGUUGAAUUGUUUGUAAUGUAAAUGUAAA